AUGUGUAACAAUUGCGGUACUUAUCACACACUAGUGCUCAUCAGUGAUGGCCGGGUGUAUAUCUGGGGUGGCAACAGUUGGGGACAAAUUGGUUGCGGAGAUAACCCUGAAAAUAUUUGUACACCAAUUAAACUACAAUUUAAUGAUAAUGUUAAAAUUGAAUCCAUUUAUUGUUGUUACGACUCGUCGUUUGCGAUCACAUCCGACGGACAUGUCUUCAGUUGGGGCGACAAUAGAGGCCAUGAAUUGGGACUCAAUAUAACUGAUAACAGAUUCAUUGAACUCUCGACCGCAGGUGAGGGCGCUUUUGGCUCUGUUUUUAAAGUGAGACAUAAAUUGGACGAUAAUUUAUAUGCGGUUAAAAAAGUACAAUUUCUUGAUAAAAUGGAAGAGAAAGAAAUGAUGAGAGAAGUGACAAAUUUACGUAAAUUGGACUCAGAUUUUGUGGUCAAAUACGAGAACUCGUGGACUGAAGGCAAACAACUGUAUAUACAGAUGGAGUACUGCCCGCAAACACUCGGGUCAGUACUCCGGGAUAAACGACAAGUAUUUGGGAGACAAUCGACUAAACCCAUGAAUAUUUACGAGUAUUUUAUAUGCUGUGAAAUAUUUCGGGAACUCUUAAUAUGUGUUCGAUAUUUGCACGACCAAGACCCUCAAUUCAUUCACCGGGAUUUAAAGCCCGACAAUAUACUGAUUUCAUACACUAGUGUUAACAAUACAUUCGUCAAAUUAGGUGACUUUGGUUUGGCCACUGAACAUGCUAGAUCGUUUAAAAGUCACACCCAGGGAGCGGGAACUCCCGAUUAUAUGGCACCGGAGGUACAUCUUUAUAAAAACUAUAAUAUUAAAGCAGACAUUUAUAGUGUGGGCGGUAUUGGUAUGAAAUUGUUUGAAAUUAACCCAAGCGAUUGUCAAAACUACAAUUCAAAAACAUUAUGGAAACAAUUUAAUCGUUUACACGAUUUGAUUACAUCAAUGAUUGAGAUUAAAGUCAAUAAGCGGCCGACAAGUUGUCAAGUGCUCGACGCCUACACCGAGUGGUCACUCGAUAAACAGAUAAUUACGGCAAACGAACAGCAAUUCAAUGAAACCUUGAAUAACUUAAAAUCAAAUGAUAACUCAUUUUUCUACGAAUGCUUACUCUAUAAGACUGAGUCCACGGAUAGGGUGACCAAAAGCCUGUCGGCGGACACACAACGAUGCGAUUUGUUAUUAAAUAAUAUUGGGGAACGUGUGGCCAACGAAGAGGAUCGCGUGCAACGGUUGGAUCCAUUGACCACAACCUUCAACACCGAUGACAUCGGGGCUGAACUGACACAAGUAGAGCAACUGUUGAAUAAUAUGCGGGUUGACGUUCAAACGCUGCGCAAGUGUGGCUACAGUACAGUUACUGUUGGGGAACUCCACGAUAAAGUACAACAAUUGUGUCAGCGAUGGGCGGACAGCAAAGACAAGUUCUGGCGGCGAGUGAUGGCUCGGUUGGAGGCCAAAAGGGCCGACGCCCGGCGACGAUCACCGACCGCAAAACAGGCACUAAUUGAUAAAUACCCCGAAUAUUAA